GUUAAUAUAGUUUCCAGAAUAUAUUCUGUGGUGGCUAAGAAGGUUAAUUCUUCCUACGAGAUAAGAGGUAUGAACUUAAGAAGUGAAAGAUGGCAACCUUCUCCCAUAAUUGUGCAUGAAACUUCUUUCUACUCAUGCAAUAGAAGAAAAGUUACUUCCUGGUCAAGUGAUGACUUCACAAAAGCUGUUCUUGUGAAGGAAAGAAGAAAAUGGCCAAUGCAACAUUGGUUGAAGAGUUCAUUCUUGUGGGAUUUCCACAAUUACGUGAGCUGAAAAUGGUGUUUUGUACCGUAGGUCUACUGAUGUACCUUCUAUCACUUCUAGGGCAUAGCUUAAUCAUCUUUGUUGUUAUCAUGGAACCCAUGCUCCAUACACCAAUGUAUUUCUUCCUCCUCAAUUUCUCCCUUGCUGAGAUCUGUUCCACAUCAGCCGAAGUCCCCAAAAUGUUGACCAAUAUCAUCUUGGGUAAAAAUACCAUCUGUUUUUUUUGCUGCAUGGUACAAUUUUUCACAGUCUUUGCCAUGGGAGGGGUUGAAUUCCUCAUGCUCUCCAUCAUGUCCUUUGAUCGCUACAUGGCCAUUUGUAAGCCUUUAUUGUAUAAAACAAUCAUGACCAAUCAAUUCAUCCUUCAGUUAGCUUUGGUGGCUUGGAUCGGUGGUUUCCUGAUCAUCUUUUCUCAAACAGUAGUGAUAUGGACAUUUCCUUAUUGUAGGGAUAAUAUCAUUGACCACUUCUUUUGUGAUGUUGGACCUGUUCUGAAAUUGGCCUGUGCUGAUACAACUCUGAUAGAGCUAAUUGGUCUCGUCUACGGUGCCACUUUCAUGUGGGGGUCCCUUGGUUUUUCCCUGAUAUCAUACAUGCACAUUGUAGCUGCUAUCAUUCGGAUUUCCUCUGCCACUGGACGCUCCAAAGCCUUUUUCACCUGUGCAUCACACCUGACCGUUCUAAUCAUCUUCUACACAGCAGACAUGAUUAUGUACUUGCGUCCUUCUACACAUGGUGAUCCUCAACUCAAUAAAGUCAUAUCUCUUGUACGCACAAGCUUUGUACCCAUGUUAAAUCCGUUCAUUUACACAAUCCGGAACAGUGAAUUUAAGAUAGCUCUUGACAAAACAGUGAGACGGAUGGUGGUUCUCUAGGACUUAGGAAUUUUUUUUAUUUUAUUUUUUAAAGGAAACUAAAAAAAAGUGAUUUGUUAUGGUUUUAUACAAUUAUUAGCACUAAUUAAUUAAGUAGCAAUACAAUUAUUAGGUUGUAUAUGACAUACAUUUGGUUUACUGCAAACACAUUCUUGUUCUGAAAUUUAAA